CACAAUGACUUCCAGGCUACUGCUUCAUCCGACUGGGCCACUGGGCUGCGUGCGUCAUCAGCGGCAAGUACCGGCCUGUCGGGCCCCGGGAGACCCUAGCCGCUAUGUCGCCUUACUGCAACCGGGCCAACACUAUAAGAGGAGCCAUGCCCUACGUGAAUUUCAUCGGAGAGGAUCCCAAGUCCCACCGUCCCAACGUACUACACAUCAAGGCUUUGAAAGACCGAGUUAUCAACGUGGGACAGGUGGCGAGCACGCUUGCAAAUUUCGGCAACAUAGACAUCAAGCCUUACGGCAGCCGGACUGCCCUCAUAGCGACGAGUACGCAGUAUACGGCGGAUAAAAUCCUGAAGCAGUUCAAAAACAGCCGCGAGUACAGGAUCUCUGAGUUCAGCGUAUACAAACACAGCGUGGCCAGCCGGGUGGCGAUGUGGAGCGGCGCCUUACUCACGGGAAGUUUGAUGUUAUAUUUUUUCCAUAGAAAGAUGAAAUAAGUAGUUUAAAUACUGUUUUGUUAUAAGUCUGAGUAACAGCUUCCAAAUACAAUAAAUGUUACUCUGAUUAUAAUUAUGUUAAUUAGCACAAAGUGACUAACUAGUAGUUAAUAAAGAACUUGUUAUUUGUUAAGAAUUAAACCUCGUGCCAGUACUUAUGUACAAACUCAUAGACUGAUUAUUGUUUUGUAAGAUCAAUCGAUUUAAGCAAAGAAUAUAUGAAUCAGUUGCAAUAUAAAAUAGAUUAUAUUAUGUUUAAACAUAGUUGUUUCUAUUAAGUAUACAAAUAAAGUAUCUAUGCUCAAUAAAAGCAAUAUUAUACAUGUAAUAA